AUGGAAGAUGGAGUCUUAACUGAUAAUGGAAAUGAUUACUCGAAAUUUGUUAUGUCUGUUAAAUUACCAUAUGAUAUCCUUGAAAAAAUUGAAAAUAAUCCUCAUUCAGUUAAAUUUUUUUAUGGCAAUGAGCCAAAAUUAAUUAUCGAUAAUUUAGAAUAUACAUUUUCAUUUACAGAACAAAAACAACAAACAUGUAUUUUACAACAAAACAAUCGCUAUACAAAUGUUGGUCAAGUUACAAAAAGGUUAACAUGUAGAGAAUCACCCUUGACAAUGGAGGAUAGACAGAGAAUUAAAAUCAACUCCACUGAAGCUGAAAAACAGAGAAAAGAAAGAAAGACAGUAUUCUUAGGUGUCGAUAGGUCAAAAGCAAACCAAAAUCAUUUUUAUGGUGGUAGUAAUAAUAAUAAUAUCAAUAACAAUAUCAAUAAUAAUAUAAAAGAGAGACCUAAAAAACCACCUAAAGUUUUUUCAUUACCAAAACCGCCACCACCCCCACCAAUAAUAAAUAUACCAUCAAAUAAUACCAACAAUAAUACCAAUAAUAUAUUUAAUAAAGAAAAAGAGAAAGAGAAAGAAAAGGAGAGGGAGAAAGAGAUUGAAAAUGAAAAGCAGAAGGAAAAAGAAAAAGAAAAGGAAAGAGAAAUAGGAAAGGAAAUAGAUAUAGAGAUAGAAAAAGAAAUAGAAAAACAAAUAGAAAUAGAAAAAGAAAAAGAAAAAGAAAAAGAAAAAGAAAAAGAAAAAGAAAAUGAAAAAGAAAAAGAAAAUGAAAAAGAUACUCCAUUUUCACCUAUAUAUUCAAACAAUAGUAAUGCAUCAUCGACACCAUCACCUGCAACAUCAAUAUCACCAGAUAAUACACCAAAUCGUUCAACUUCACCAACAACAAGUAAAUCAAGUUUAUCUCCAAGAUCACCCAUUUUAAUAAAAGAACAGCAACAGCAACAGCAACAACAGCAACAACAACAACAACAUCAACAAAAUAAUAUAAAUAGUAAAAAUACACUUUUAUUUCCAGCAGAAAAACCAAAAAAGAAACCGGCAACAAUUAUUCAACCAUUAGGAUUAAAAGGAGAAGCAUUGGAGAGAUAUUUACUUCAUUCACUUCCAUUUGGAGUUACAAAUCAAACAUUAAAAACAAAGUAUGAAAUCGAUCCAAAUAGUAAUACAUUUUUAAAUAGAGUCGCAUUUUUUAAAUCACCUGGUGUUUGGUUCCUGAAAGAUGAAUACUAUGCAGAUAUCUCUUUAGAUUGGAGUGACUAUAAACCUGAAGAAAGAAUUUCGAUAAAAAAGAAAAUAAAAGAAGCUUUUUCCAGAGUACCUCCAAUACCACCUCCAAUACCACCCCUACCUAUUACAAUCAAUUCGAAAGUUGAUCAAAAUAAUAUAGAUUCAACAUCAACAUCAUCAUCGUCAUCAUCGUCAUCAUCAUCAUCGACUAAUUUUGAUAGUAAAUAUUUAGGAAUAAAUAAUAAUAAAGAUAUAGAUAUGAAAAUUGGAGAUUUAUCACCAAGAAAACCAUCGUCAAAUAAGAAACCAAGGUUAUCUAAAAAUAAUUUGUUAUCUAUUAAUAACAUUAAUAAUAACAGUAACAGUAGUAGUGGUAGUAGUAGUAGUAGUAGUAGUAGUAGUAAUAAUAAUAGUUAUAGUAGUAGUAGCAGUAGUAGUAUUGAAAAUGAUAAUACGAAUAAUAGUAGUAGUAGUAGAUCUAAUUCUCCAAUAUUAUCACCAUCUGUCUCACCAAGCAAUACUUUUAAUACUCGAUAUACUGCAAGCUUAAAUAAUAAACCCUCUAAAGAGUUACUACCUUGGUCAACUAAAACUACAAAGAAAGAUACACUCCUUUCACUAACUCCAACCUCUACUUCAACUUCAACCUCCACCUCUACCUCGACUUCAAUAUCUCAGCCCCUAUCGGCAAGAUCGUCGAAAUCUUUGUCAAAUAACAACAUCAACAACAACAACAACAACAACAACAACAACAACAACAACAACAACAACAACAACAACAACAACAACAACAACAACAACAACAACAACAACAACAACAACAACAACAAUACAAAUAUAAAUACAAAUACAAAUAUAAAUAUAAAUAAUAAUACUAAUAUAAAUACAAAUAUAAAUACAAAUACAAAUAUAAAUAUAAAUUCAAAUUCAAGUUCAAAUCCAAGUUCAAAUUCAAGUUCAAAUUCAAAUUCACCAUUAGAAAACAAAGUUAGCAAUUGUAAUGAGUUAAAUGAAGUUUUACCCUCAGCUACAAAGAUACCUUUGUCAAGUACAUCAUCAACACCACCUUCACUAUCUUCAUCUUCUUCAUCUUCUUCAUCUUCAUCUUCUUCAUUGCCAUCAAUAGCCAACACUGUAACAGCAGCAGCACCAAUGAUUACCAAACCACAAAGCACCAUUUUGAAUACGAAACAAACUGAUUUCAUUAAAAAUUUAGAUAAUAAGAUCAAUGCUUUAAAUUCUGCACCUGAUAAUAAUCCUAUUCCGAUGCCAACCACCACCGCCACCACUACUCCUUUAUCACCAAAUAAAACUAAAAGACUUAGUAAUGGUAGUUUAAAGAGGAAAGUUGAUUCAAUUAAAUCAACUGAAAAUAUAGAAAGCAAACCAUUGCCUGUAUCAAAAAAAAUAUCAACAUCAUCCUCUUCAUCAUCAUCAUCAUUAUCAUCCAAUAGUAAUGGUAUAAGUAGUAAUAUCAGCAAUGGUAGUACUACUAUCAGUGGUAUUAGUACUAGUAGUAAUAAUAGCAAUGGUGGUAGUAGUAGUAGUAGUAGUAUUGGUAGUAGUAUUAGCAGUAGUAGUAAUAGUACAUCUUCUAAUAUUAGCAAUGGUACAACCCAACCAAUUUAUGGUCCAAUCCCAUGCCCAAAAGAAGAGAUAUUUGUUUUAAAAUCAGAUGAUGAUUUCAAAAUGAUGUUGGAGAUGUCAAAAACUAAAUAUCAAAAAUACACACAAAUUCAUAAAUUCAUUAUAAAUAAUAUACAAGAUUUUAAACAACUCCAAAAAGACUUGGAGAUAUGCUCAAACUCUGUUCAAAGGAAAAAGUGUACCGAUAAAAUUUUCGAUUUAUAUGCUGAAAGAAAAGAUAGAGUUAAAAUUGAAAGAGAAGAAUAUAGUAGAUUACAUGCAGAAUUAAUUGCAAUCAAAGGUAUUUUAAAUGAUUUUCAAUCAAAGAAAAUGGAAUCACUAAAACAGGUUAAAUGA